CUUUGAAGGAUACUCACAGCCAAAAGAGACACAACUUAUUGCUAUCAAUGACCCCAGGCGACGAUGCUGCAGAACUCUCAGUCCUUGACGUGACGAUUUCACAGGCUGGAAGACUAGGCAGGAGGUCACAAUCGUUGGCGUUCGUCAUAAGACACACAGAUGACUCGACUUUCCAAGAAUACUCUGAGCUCUCUUCAUUUAUACGGGCUGUGGAAGAGCUCUCCGGCAGUGACCUUCCCGAUAUUGAUGUCUUCACGAUAGCUCAGAUGAUGAGGGUAAACCAGUACUAUGAUUUGGGAGUGGCUCUUGGUUUCACCAUACAAAAGUUGAUUGUCAUAGAAUACAGGAGGUUCCGUGACAGACAACAGGCCAUCUAUGACAUGCUGGUGACAUGGAGAAAGAGACAGACCUCCGGCCUAGAAGCGAAGAAAACGUUUCUUUCGCUCAUUAAAUCUUUGGACUCGCCAGCCGAACAGACAGAGAUGUCAGCUACAACUGGUGAGGUUCCCGACAAGAUGCUGCUUGCGUUUGCCAGGCAGAUCAAAGCAGAGCAAUUCUUUGAGAUUGGACAGAAGUUGGGAUUCAACCGCACGGAGCUAGAACACAUACAGCAUCGAACAUGUGCAAACAGAAAGGAUGCCAACAUCCAGAUGCUGUCUAGUUGGAAAGCAUCCCAAUCUUCAGGACCAGAAGCUAUAGAGGUGUUGAAACGCGUUUGGGAGUCCAUCCAAACAGCAUCAGAAUCAGAGAAAUUCAAAGAUCAGGAAAAUUCUGUUGAUGACAUCAACAAAUCUGGAGGACCGCCAACUUCGGAGGAGCUUUGCAGUGUCGCUCGGGCAGUGAAGACUUUGCCAUUGGCCUGGGAAUUAGGAAAAGCUCUCUGGUUGGAGGACGACGUUAUUGCUCCACUCAUGGAGCCACCUGAUUUGACAACACUGACCAAGGUUGCAAGACAGCUCGUUGAUAAUUCGUGGAUUGGUUUAGAUAGGAAGGAAAGAAGCGAUAAAAUGGCUGAGCUUCUCCUGGAAUACAAUAUUCAGGACAACCAAACAGAUGACGCUCUCGAAGAACUCUACAUAAGGAUGUGCUCCAUGUCUGACUUGCUUCAGUUUGUCCCACGCCUGCAAUUUGGCGCUUCUGACAUCAUGCGUGCCAUGUGUAAGAACGUCACCCUGCCCCUGUACGUAGUACAUCCGGUUGUUCUGCACAUGCUCAGAGAAUGGCUAAGGAGAGGAGGAACCCGAGGGAGACUCUUGGAGAUUGUCCAAGCUUUCCGUUUCAAUGAUGCGGCAGAAAGCAUAGCUGCAACCAUCAAAGUUGAUCCAGGCUUCGUGGAGUUCCUCUCGAGCAGCAUCCUGGAUCACAGAGGAGGGGUAGUGGAGCUGCGUGAACUUGGUAUCCGGGUUUCCAUCCCUGCCGGGGCGUUGCACAGGGGAAUGAGAUCUGUGGUUACCAUCAGGGUACCUAGAGAGGGCGCUGAUCGGAUUCCUCUCAGGGACGGUGAGGUGUUGAUCACUCCAGUCGUGGAGUGUUCUCUAACCCAGGAACUGCUCGAACCUGCUACGGUAGUGCUUCCACAUUGCGUCGGCCCUAAGCAAUGCAGGGAUGGCUCAGGGAUGAUCCUGUACACCAAAAUGGGACUAGGAACGUUCAGUCGCAGGAGAUUGCUUCCGCAUUCUUCAAAAGGCUUCCACGUCUCCAAGGACACGGUUGUUUUCCCUACGAACCAUCUGCAACUCUUUGCCUUGUCUUCCACCAACGUCCAAGGAGUUCAGUUCAGAUGUGUAACCUUCCAGCCUCUUUUCAUGUCCUCUUCCCGGAAAGCCACACUCCGUGUUUACGUCACUCACCCCUAUAGGAGACCCAUAAAGGUCGGAUUGAUUUUGAAUUGUUAUGCCUCCACUACAAAGUAGCCGGAGGAAUUAUGUUUUCUGGUUGUCCGUCUGUACCGUACGUCCCGUUCUCGUGAUCGCGUUAUCUCAAGAACCGAUUGAUGGAUUACCGCCAAACUUGGGUCAUGUAUGUAUCUUACACAGCCAAUGAACUGAUCUAAUUUUGAGGUCACAAGGUCGAAGGUCACAGGGCUCAUUAUGUAUGCAAAAGUAGCUUGAUAUCACAUUAUCAUUAGAACAUGACGGAUUACCAGCAAACUCAAAACAUGUAUGUAUCUUGCAGAGCCAAUGAGCUGAGUAGAUGUUAGGGUCAUGAGGUAAAGGGUCAUGGGGCUCAUGAUGUAUGCAAACAUAGCUUGUGAACCCAUUAUCAUUAGAACUGACAAAUGGAUUACUAUCAAACUCAGGACAUGUAUGUAUCUGGCGGAGCCAAUGAACUGAUUAGAUUUUAGGGCCAUGAUGUCAAAGAACAAAGGGUCAUACAUGUAUAUUAAAAAUAGCUUAAUUGUAAUCACCAUAUUCUGAGAACCUCUUAAUGGAUUACAAUCAAACUCGAAUUUUGAAGAUUGCUUCCGUUUUCGUUUGUAAAAUCACUCGAUGGCGUAGGCAUCGUAUUCGACUGCGCGUAGUCGAUGAUCCAUCUAGUCUUUGUUAUUUAUUUGUAAUAGACAAAACAUAUUUCCUAGCCCAUUGACUUUUCCCAACACUAUAUUGAUUGUUAAUACAUGUGCUGACUUUAGAGAACAGAAAACCGUCGAUUCAUCAAAAGACAAUUUAAAGAUAAAAUACAGAGUACAAUAUUGCCAUUUUAUAAGUGGUGAUAUUAUUAUCUUUUCGUUAGAAAUAGAUAGUAUACAUAAUUAAUCCUAGUAAUAAGUAUUGCGAUGAGAUGUAAAUUAUAUGUUUGAUAUGGAAAUCUUGAUACAAGACUAUCUUGAGACUCAACAUGGCAUCUACUAACCACAAAUUCUGCAUUUAGUUUCGUUAUUUUCUGUUACCCUGUACUAUAUGUAGAAGAAAAUUAACCUCGGAAUACAGGCGAGAUUUAGGUCUAGAAGAUUAUAUAACUGAUGUUGUUUAUUUUGAAUGUUUAAGAAAAUAAUGUGUGAUAUCGAAGGCAUUUCCUUAUUAUAAGAUAUGAAUAUAAAUUAUGCCUUUUUUGUAGAGUUGAUUGUACUAUGUUCAGUUCGAAUGUUUGAAACCUUUGGACAUUAAUUACAUAAUAAAUUGCAGUGAAUAUCGAUGUGCCUCAAGUGAGAAAAAUACAUUCAAGCACAUGGAUGUAAAAGAAAUCAAAGUAAUUCAUACUUGAUUUAAUUGUCACAGAUAAUUUGACUUUUUGUAUUGUCAAAGAUAAGAUGCAUGUAAAUUGAAGA